AUGCCAGCUUUCUACCAAACCGCCGUCGCUCGACUCUCCCAGACAGCUAGAAUCAUGUCGCAGAUCAACGACGUCUUCAUCGUCUCCGCCGCCCGAACGCCCAUCGGCUCGUUCAACGGUGUACUAAAGAAGGCUACCGCGCCUGAGCUCGGCGUGGUGGCCGUCAAGGCUGCCAUCGAGCGUGCCGGCCUCAAGCCCGAGCAGAUCGAGGAGGUCUACAUGGGCAACGUCCUCCAGGGCAACGUCGGCCAGGCUCCUGCUCGCCAGGUCGCGCUCAAGGCCGGAUGCCCCGACUCCACCGAGGCCACCACCAUCAACAAGGUGUGUGCCUCCGGCAUGAAGGCUAUCUCGCUCGCCGCCCAGAACAUCGCCCUCGGCCAGCGCGGCGUCAUGGUCGCCGGUGGCAUGGAGUCCAUGUCCAACGCUCCCAGCGGAUACGGCCUUGUCUGGCUCAGCUGCCGGGUCGGGCUUCGUGCUCAGCUGCCGGUCCGAGCCAGUCCCAGCAGGGCGGAGGUGGGCUUCCCCUCCUCCUCCUCGUCCUCCUCGGGGAAAGGGCGCUUGGACCGUUACUACCUGCCCCGAGGCAACAGCUACGGCCACGUCCAGGCGCUCGACUCGAUUGUCAAGGACGGCCUGCACGAUGUGUACAACCAGGUUGCCAUGGGCAACUGCGCCGAGAACACCGCCAAGAAGCUCUCGAUCACGCGCGAGCAGCAGGAUGAGUUCGCCAUCGAGUCGUACCGCCGCUCGGCCGAGGCGUGGAAGGCCAACGCCUUCGCCAACGAGAUCGCCCCCGUGACCAUCUCGGACAGGAAGGGUGAUGUGGUCGUCAGCGAGGACGAAGAGUACAAGAACGUCAAGCUCGACAAGAUCCCCACGCUGCGCCCCGUCUUCGACAAGAACGGCACCAUCACGGCUGCCAACGCGUCGACGCUCAACGACGGCGCCUCGGCGGUGGUGCUCGCCUCGGAGGCCGAGGUUCAGAAGCUUGGUGUCAAGCCUCUGGCCAAGAUUGUUGCGUUCGCCGAUGCUGCCUGUGCGCCCAUCGAUUUCCCGAUUGCGCCCGCCUACGCCAUCCCCAAGGCGCUCGAGCGUGCCGGUCUGACCAAGGACGACAUUUCGCUGUUCGAGAUCAACGAGGCCUUCUCGGCCGUUGCGCUGGCCAACAACCAGAUGCUCGGCCUCGACGCUUCCAAGGUCAACGUGCUCGGCGGCGGUGUUUCGCUCGGCCACCCCAUCGGCUCAUCCGGUGCGCGCAUCGUCGUUACGCUCGCGCACGCCCUCAAGCCCGGCCAGUACGGCUGCGCCGGCGUCUGCAACGGCGGCGGUGGUGCUUCCGCCAUCAUCAUCAAGCGCGAGAACUAG